AUGGCCUCCGGGGCCGGCGGGAGCUGGGGUCGCGCCACGCCACCGGGUGCAGCCCCGACGCCCUGGGUGACCGUCCUGCAGCCCCCGCCGUGGGCCGCCCCGCCGCAGCCGCAGCCGCCGCAGCCGGGCCGCGUGAAGGAAGGGCUGCUGGAGCUGCUGCUGUUGCAGAACGCGCAGGUGCACCAGCUGCUGCUCUGCCGCCUGGCCGAGGGGGCGCUGGACUUCGCGCCCACUUCAUUCGACCCGCAGGUCUUCCUGGAGGCGCAGCAGGAAGAGCUGGAGGAGGAGCUGGGCACCCAGGACAAAAGGCCCCUGGUGUUCCACCAUCACUACCUGCCCUGCCCACUGCCCUCCCUGGGCCCCCUGUCAACCUGGCCAGCCCCUCUCCUGCCCCCUCCACCACGUCAGCACCACUGGCAGGAUGCACCCAGGAUUCAGCACCGUCCUCCCGCCUCUGGGAAGAGGGAGGGGAGAGCCGUGCCCCCACCCCCACCCCCCAGUGCCAUAGGGACUGUGGGCGCAGAUGUACCUCCAGCUUCAGACUACUACGAUGCUGAGAGCCUACCCUGA